AUCAUGACUGCCCAUUUCAAACUCAAACUUACUGGUGGCCCUACUCGUCGUUUGUCCUUCACUGAUGAGCCUACUUGGACUCUUCUCGCUGAAAGGAUUGCUGGCUUGUUUGAUAUUCCUGCUGAGGCAAUAGCUGUUGCUUAUAUCGACUCUGAAGAUGAUGAAGUCACCCUCAGCACUCAGGAAGAACUACAGGAUUUUUAUCAAACUUCCUACAAACCUGGUGAUGUCGUUAAAUUUAUCGUUGAGGACCUGAGAAUUCCCCGUCGUCGAGAUAGAUCGUCUCCGACAACUCCACCUGCACCUAAUUUCCGCAACACCUUUGGUGGCAGUAUGAGUGAGGGUCUUCCUUUCAACAUCGAUGAGGACUGGCAGCAUUUUCCGUCUGGAGUUGGAGGUCUAUUUGCCGCUAACGGUGGACGCGAAGACAGUUCUGUACAUGGUUUUCUUGAAGAGAUUGAAAGUGGAGCCAGCACUAUUUCCGGUGCUCAACACGACGAGACCACUUCCAUCAGCGAUAGUGAUAGUAACGUUUCGACGGUCAUCCCCCCUCGUGUGGACAAAGGUAAAGGAAGAGCCCAAGACAACGACGCUUCUUCCACGGCUUCUCUUAUCGAGGAAAAGACAUUUGAAAAGCCAGAUAUCCAUGUCUACAAUCUCAAGGGUGCUGAGCCUACUCAGACUCAGACUCACCGAUCUCGACGCAGCUCUCGGCGUAGCUCUACUGCCCCCACUAUAACACCAAAAGCUCAUGUACAGGAAGUUCCCCCUCCUCCUGUAUCUCAGCCUCCGCCUUCCAUUGUGCCCUCCGCCGUCUCCUCGCGACCCGUCUCCGUUGCUCGUACCAACGAAACUAUCGCUCCAACUUCAAUUCCAGUGCUUCCCUCUGAACCGGAGCUUGUUGAGGCAGCAGAUCCACCCCUUCCUGCUCUUGACUCUACUUCUCUCGAGCAUGCCAAUCCGUCCCUAUCUCUCGACGUCGCCAACCUGCUCAAUAAUCUGGCUGCCAUCGUCUCUACUCAUCCUGAAUUGUCGGAAGGGUUCCGCAACAUUCUACGUAACGCUGCUGCAGGAUCGUAUUGGACUGCGCAACGAGAUGCUAUGUCUCAGGCAGCAAAUAUCGCCAAAUCUGUCACUGAGGAGUUGAGUCGUGCUGAUCAAGAGGCAGGUAGGAGGGUCUCUGAUGCAUUAGGCUUGCUUUUUCGGACCAUCAGCCAAACAGUAGGCACUGUUCCCGCUGCUACCACAGGAACAUCUCCUUCUCACAGUCCUCCCCCACUUGCGCCUCCACCUCCUGCUGAUGCUGAUGACUCACGGUGGGGAUCUGGUUCCUGGGGCCGCGGUGGUCCUUGGGGAGCCCGUAUCAUGCCUGGAUAUGAAUUUAUGCGCCAAUUUGGACGUGGUCCCUCUUCACCCCACGUCUUUGGACGACCUCCGUUUGGACCUCCCCCAUUUGGGCCUUUUGGUGGGCAUAGUAUGCCUCCACCUCCCCCUCCACCGCACGAUAUGCCCCGUAGCCCUAGGCCUCCCCCACCGCCUCCAUUCGGGCCUCCUGGUAGACAUGGCAUGUCUCCACCCCCACCCCCACCUCCCGACAUGCGUGGUGGCCCUCCUCCUUCUCCGUUCCCUCCACAUGUUAGACCUCCUUCUCCACCUAACAUGCGUGGUGGCCCUCCUCCUCCUCCGUUCCCUCCACAUGUUAGACCUCCUUCUCCACCUAACAUGCAUGGUCGCCAUGGAGAUCGCCCGCAUCACGGUCGCUCCUACUCUGGUGGUAUGGGCUACUGGUGGGCUCCUACCAGCGCUCCUCGCGCUCCCUCGAUGGAUGCUGAACGUCGGGACAGGCAGUCUGCGACUGAAUUACGGAACCAGGUUGAAGCUGCCAAGCUUUUGUACAAAGCAGAAAAGGAGCGAUACCGUCAAAAUCGCGAUGAACGUCGAAGGGAAAGGGAUCGCAGGAUGCUUGAACUGAUGGGAAAUUUGUCCCUUCAACGUGCUGCUGGUGAAACUUCGACACAUCAAGUGCCGGAAGUUCCGCCUACUCCUUCCGCUAAUCCUGCGCCCGUCGCCCCACCUACUCCGCUGGGUCGUGACGGCUCCAGAACUGCUCAUAUAAUCAGCAAUGCUCGUGGGUCGUUCCCUCAAUUCGAGAUGGUCAGCGUUCCUCUACCUUUAGGCCCCUCUGCUGGCCCUUCUGCUGGUCCCCGUCGUUCGAAUACUCUCCCUGCUCACGCUCUUGGUCAUGGUCGUGGUGGACACCAUGGAAACUUCGGUCGUCCUCACGGUCGUCGUCACACCUUUGAACCUGAAGAUCCGGCGACGCGUGCAGUAAAUCGUAUUCAGAGAAAGCUCACUGACAUGGGGUUUAGUGAGGCUGCUCAUCCCGAUCUUGCGGCAAAGGUUAGAGAGGUGGUACCUAAGGAUGGCGUUUUGACUAGAGAAAACGAGGACGAAAUUGUUACAAAUCUACUCGAAGAGCUUGUGAUUCGUACCACGACUCCCGCCGCUGUGCCUGGUGCAUCGGGAUCGAGGCGUUAGUCUGUCUGUGCAGUGUUCUCAUCUAUCUAGACUGAAUGAUAUCUUUGUACUUGUAUUUCUCAAACAAUUUACCCAGGUUAGUUGUACAUUCCCAAGGUAGGCGUGUUGUAUCGUAGUAAAAUGUAGUAGUAAAGAGCAACGUAGAUACAUGAAUACACGAAAUGUUUUGACGUUGUAUAAAU